UCCACGCAAGCGUUAUUAUACACUUCAAAAAGCCCAGAUACAGGAACAAAAUAAAAAAUCUCCCGCCAUACCUAAAACAUUUGUAAACCCUCAAAAACCAGGAAUCUCAUCGAAUUUUGAUCCGGGUUUAAGAUUUGGAUCGGAAAAAUGGAGCUGACGGUGGUAGAUCUGAGCUUGUACUUGGGAUCGAAGGGCGAAGUGAAGGAGUUGUGCGGCGAGGUGAGCCGGAGUCUGAGAGAAACAGGUGCUCUGUUGGUCAAGGACCCCAGAUAUACGGCCGAGGACAACGAUCGCUUCCUCGGUAUGAUGGAGAGGUACUUCGAUAGACCGCCAGAAUUCAAGCGACUCCAGGAGAGGCCCCAAUUGCAUUACCAGGUUGGGGUGACACCAGAGGGUGUGGAAGUGCCAAGAAGCCUUGUUGAUGAAGAAAUGCAGGAGAAAUUGAAAGAAAUGCCCAAAGAGUUCCAGCCAUCCAUUCCCAAGGGGGCAGAUCGCAAAUGGCGAUACAUGUGGAGAGUGGGUCCUCGACCCUCAGAAACCCGCUUUCAGGAACUUAACGCAGAGCCGGUCGUACCCGAGGGGUUUCCUGAAUGGAAAGAUACCAUGGAUUCAUGGGGUUACAAGAUGAUAUCCGCAAUAGAGGCUGUUGCUGAAAUGGCUGCCGUUGGGUUUGGCUUGCCAAAGGAUGCAUUCACAUCCCUUAUGAAGCAGGGACCACAUCUUCUAGCUCCAACAGGAAGUGACCUUCGGCGUUACGGCCAGGAGGGUACUGUGUUUGCAGGAUAUCACUACGACCUGAACUUUCUAACCAUUCAUGGCAGAAGUAGAUUUCCAGGUCUGAAUAUCUGGCUAAGAAAUGGGCAAAAAGUUGAAGUGAAGGUUCCUGUAGGAUGUCUUCUCGUUCAUGCUGGGAAGCAGAUAGAGUGGUUGACUGCAGGAGAUUGCAUAGCUGGAAUGCAUGAAGUUGUUGUAACAAACAGGACAGUUGACGCAAUGAAACUAGCAAUGGAGCAACGUCGCUCACUUUGGAGAGUAUCUUCUACAUUGUUUGCGCACAUAGCAUCUGAUGCUGUGUUAAAGCCCUUAGGUCGCUUUGUAGAAUCCUCGCUUGCCAGUAAAUAUCCGGCGAUUUAUGCAGGAGAGUUUGUUGAGCAGGAGCUUGCAGUAAUCAAUCUCAAAGGAAACAAAGGAGAACUUUGAUAACCUGUAAUAUGUGAAAAUCCUAACUUGUUAUGUCAAUGAUAUGAAAAGCAUUUGAAGAGGCCUUUGGGAAUGAGAUGAGUUGUAAUAAAGAAGGUUGGGAUCGAUGAUUAUUAACUGUGGCCUGGCCACACACAUGAGGAAAGAUUGGAGAAUUAUAUUGUCUCAUUUACUGA